UUCCAUCCACUUCUUCUGAUCACAAUGGAGACAUCAACGGCUAUACUGUUCUUAGUUGCUGCCAUGGCCGCAUAUUUACUGUGGUUUAUCUUUAUCUCGCGUUCGCUGAGGGGCCCACGGGUGUGGCCUUUACUAGGUAGUCUCCCGGGGGUGAUCCAAAACUACGACCGCUUGCAUGAUUGGAUUACCGAGAAUCUCCGCUCGUAUGGUGGCACGUGCCAAAGCUGCAUCUGUCCUAUUCCCUUCCUGGUGCGAAAACAAGGCUUGGUGCCUGUCACAUGCGAUCCCAAAAACCUAGAGCACAUAUUAAAGAUCCGCUUCAACAAUUACCCAAAGGGCCCCACCGCGCAAGCCGUGUUCCACGAUUUAUUUGGCGAAGGCAUCUUCAACUCCGACGGUGACACGUGGUUAGUUCAGAGGAAGAGGGCCGCGCUUGAGUUCAUCCCCCGGAGACUGCAACAAGUCAUGGAUCGGUGGGUGAACCGGGCCAUCAAGCUGCGGCUCUGCCCAAUCCUUAAAACUGUCCAAGAGGAAUCGAAGAUCGUGGAUCUUCAGGACCUCCUCCUCCGAUUAACCUUCGAUAACAUAUGUGGACUAACUUUCGGUAAGGACCCUCACACCCUGUCCCCCUGUCUACCAGAGAACCGGUUCGCAUCAGCAUUUGACCGAGCCACCGAGGCCACCCUGCAGCGGUUCAUCUUGCCCCAAGUCAUAUGGAAGUUCAAGAAAUGGCUUCGGCUGGGGCAAGAGGUUACCCUGAGCCAGAGCAUCCGCCACAUGGACAAAUACCUAUCCAAUGUCAUCGAGACACGUAAGCUGGAGUUGCAGCAGAAUCUCGCGGCGGAAGAGAAGGGGAACCCACACGAUGACAUGCUAUCCAGGUUCAUGAAUACGAAAGAAGACUACUCGGACUCCUUUCUACAAGACCAGGUACUCAGCUUCAUCCUAGCUGGACGAGACACAUCAGCAGUGGCGCUAAGCUGGUUCUUCUGGUUGCUGACACUGAACCCAAAAGUGGAGAAGAAGAUCUUGCGUGAGAUCUGCACGGUUCUUAUGGAAACACGUGGCGAUGACAUGUCAAAGUGGUUGGAGGAGCCGUUGGUGUUCGACGAGUUUGAUCGGCUGGUCUACCUGAAAGCAGCCUUGUCGGAAACCCUCCGGUUGUAUCCGUCGGGGCCACAAGGCUGGAAACACGUGGUUACAGACGAUGUGUUACCGGACGGCACAUUCGUACCGGCGGGUUCGAAGAUAAUUUACUCGAUGUACUCAGUGGGGAGGAUGGAGUGGACGUGGGGGGAAGACUGCAUGAAAUUCCGGCCGGAGAGGUGGUUGUCACCGGACGAGAAGAGUUACAAAGUGAAGGAUGAGUUCAAGUUCAUGGCGUUCAAUGCAGGGCCCAGGAUCUGUUUAGGGAAGGACUUGGCUUAUAUGCAAAUGAAGUCCAUCGCCACCGCGGUGUUGCUCAGGCACCGGUUGACGUUAGCACCAGGGCACCGCGUGGAGCAGAAGAUGUCGUUGACUCUAUUCAUGAAAAAUGGGUUGAAGGUAAAUGUGCACCAUAGGGAUCUCAUGGACAUUGCCGCCGCAAUUCGCAAGGAAGGAGCAGCCGUCGAUAACGGCAACUCCGACGCACGCGGUUGA